AUGAAGCUGCUUCUCCUCCUUGCCAGCACUGCCCUCGCAGCAUUGCACAACCCCCUCCCCGGCCAUAUCUCCCUCCUCGCCCGCGACUCCACCGGCAACUGCACCGCCAAAAACACCUGCUCUGACUGCUACGGCCCGGGAAACAUCCUCUGCGACAACGCAGGCUGCAUCAAUCCAAAAAAGGCGCAGCAAUGCUGCAAAGGCGGCUAUUUCUGCGUAGCAAAGGAUAACUCCUGCUGCAGCGCCCUGGGAACAGGAACACCAGGCACAGACGGCCUCCUCCCCUCCCCCACGGGCUCCGCCUCGUCGUCUGGCACAACCUGCACACCACAGCAAACCAACGAAGAAUGCUGCUCCGAGAACGGCCUUUAUCCGUCCCUGAAAUGGUGCUAUGGGAGUUACCCCGACCAAGUAUGCUACAACCCUAAGUACCAGACCUGUUGUUCCGAGGGGACGGUAUGUUUCGGCGAGGGGUGCUGCGAUCUAGUUAGCGCCAGUGCUAUCACGCCGGAUCCUGCGGUCGCGACUGCGUUGCCCAGUGGGAAUAGUGGGUCCGUGUCUGCGUCUACGCGGGGGUUGGGCACGACCUCGGUAACGUUGGGUUCUGGGUCUGCCAUUAUUGCUACUGCAACCGCAUCGUCCAGUCCGAGUCAGAGCACGAAUGCGGCUCUCGCGACGGGGAUUAAUGGUGCGUUGAUGGGUGUGGGAGUGGGAGUGGGAGUGGCUGUGGCUGGACUGGGGUUGUAA